AUGCCGUCGACGCGGUGCGCUCACGAUCUGAGCCAGAAGAAGAGGGCCGAACGGGUCGACAACGUCAUCGCAUUCCUCAAGUCGGCGGUGAAGGCGGAGACGGAGAAAGGACGACAGGACGAGCAGGCGCCCGGAAAUUCCAUGGUCAGUUUGGAGAGGGUUCUGAAUCGACCAAACGCGCACUGUACACGAGUUGCAAGCCUUGAAUUAGCAGUUGAUAACAAUAUCAUAGUUCUAGAAGGCUUUCAAGCUCCCCACAACCUCUAGAAAACACUCACUCCGGAUCAUAAAUCAGCGUCCUUUGCACCCGGAAAAACGACUUCUGUGCUUUCUCUCUUCCCCCUUUUCAGCAGGUGUUAUCGUUUGUGACGCUGAUAAACACAAAAUACUGAACCGAAGAUCACACUUCCGCGCAACUUUCACUCUUUCCAGAUGACCGCCAAACUGCUCGAACUGUGGACGAUCCCGCAGGCGUCCAUCACCGAAAUGCGACUGCUUCUGACGCUCGGAGCCGAUCCGACGCCACUUUUGAAGGACGAUUUCGGAGAGAAGGCGCUGGCGGAGAGGAUCCGCAGCGGCAGUGUCUGUUCGGAGUGCGCUCUAAAGUUCCGCGCCUUUCUCGACUACUCCGGAGUGAUCUUCGAGGAGAUGUACGAACGGACGCCGAUCCAAGUGGUCCGCAACAAAAAGGUCGACGGAGCGAUGGCGCUCUGUCUGGACGGGGGCGGAAUGCGCGGUCUCGUCUCCGUCGUCUGUCUCAUGUACGCUUCGCGACGUCUUCUCGGCGAUGAAUCGCUUCCGCAAAUGUUCGAUUGGCUUCUCGGCACGUCCACCGGAAGCAUGCUCGCCCUGUCGCUGGCCAACAAGAAAUCGAUUUCCGACUGUUUCUUUCUGUACUGGGACAUGAAAUCGCAGAUUUUCCUGCGUGGCAGCGCGGUCAAACGUCUUCUCGGCGACCAGGUGACCACCCAAACCAAGAACAUUGACAAGGUGCUCAAGGAGGCGUUCCCAACCGAAACGCUUCAAGGAUGUCCGCUCAUGCUCACCAUUCCCGCACUGGAUUUCACGAAUUCGCCGGGCAAAUUGCACAUUUUCCGCAACUAUUCGUUCACAAAGCCCUUCGGAGUUGCAUUGAACGACAAACAGGACGUUCUUUUCCGGGAAGCGGCGAGAGCGAGCAGGUGAGCGAAAGCUGGCUUUUCAGGAUGAAAGUACCAUUUUCAGCGCUGCUCCGACCUACUUUGAGCCGUGUGUGCUGAACGAUAAAAAGUUUGUGGACGGCUCGUUUGUGGCCAAUUAUCCGUUGAAUGUGCUGUUCAAGGUGAGCGCGUCGGAUCAAAAUUUUUCAAAACAAAGUUCCCGUGGCGGCCUAGAAACCUUCAGCAAUUCAAAAACUCUUCCACAGCUCAUUUGGGUGAAUGUUUCAAUAGUGACCGUGGUUUUUUUCUAGGCCACACUUUGUUUUUUGAGAUGUGACGUUAAUGUAGCCGUAUUCUAAGCCAUGGCUUCAAGAUUUUGAGAAAGUUAAAGACGGUAUGAUCCUAGGCCAUCUUGGCAAAUUGGACACUCAAAGUAGGCCAUGUAUUUCAGGAAUACGACAGUUUCUCGCGCCACAAGCAACCGCUGCACCUGGCCGGAGUUCUCUCAAUCGGAACCGGAGAGCCGGCGUCCUCGGAGCGCAAGUACAAAAGCGGAAAGAGUUUCAAGGCGAAGGCGCUCAACAUUGGCCAUAUGACUACUCUGCUCCUGGAGCAAGUCGUCGGCCAGGAUCUGACCGCCGUCGAAAUGGCCCAGGAACGGUGCCACGCGCACGACAUACCCUUCAAUCGGCUCAGUCCGAAGGGCAUCUCGGUCCGUAUCGAUCAGAUCGACGACGCAAAACUUAUGGACAUGAUCUGGACGACUUUGGUUUACCUGGUACGAGAUUUUAGACACAUCUUAUCGAACAUUGGACUUUUUACAGACUGAUAACGUGCACGAGAUCGAUCAACUCGGCGAGAACAUCUACAAACUCAAAUCGGAUCCGACGGAACGGAAACGUCGCAGCAACACUGUCCUCUAA